AUGAUGAUAAAACAUAUAAAUACAGGUCCUGUUGUUACAUUUACUUCAUCUGAAGAUUGUAUCAAUUAUAUAAAUUCAUUGAAAAAUAUAAAUCAACAAGUUUGUUUAAUUACAUCAGGUUCAUUAGGUGUCACUGUUAUUCCAUUAAUUCAUAAUAUUGAUCAAAUCGAAUCAAUUCUUGUUUUUUGUAUAGAAAAAACAAAAUAUGAAUAUAUGCAAAAACGUUAUAGAAAAAUUCAUCAUAUUAUAAAUACACAUAAAGAAUUAAUAAUUCAUUUACAAAUUCAUCUUAAAUCAAUUGAUCAAUCUGGAUCAAUAGUAAAUAUAUUUGAUAUAGAAAAAUUAAAAAUAUUACGUAAUUUUAAUUCUAUAUCAGAUUCUUUUCAUCUUAAAUAUACAAUAUUUGAUGAAAAUAAGCAAUAUUCAAUGCGUGAUAUUUCAAAAACAGACACUUUCUUUUUAUGGCUUAAAUUACUUACAAGUGUUUUACAAAAAGUUCAUCAUACACAUAAUACAAUGAAAGAAAUGUUAGAUGAAUGUCGAGAUUAUUAUAAAGAUAAUAUUGAAGAAUUAAAUAAAAUAGAAGAAUUCAAUCAAAAAUAUAAAAGUGAAGAUGCUAUUUAUUGGUAUACAACACCAACAUUUGUAUCAAAACUUAUCAAUAAAGCAUUACGAACAGAAGAUUUUCAUGCACUUUAUAUAUGUCGAGCUUUUAUUGCUGAUUUAUCUGAAUAA